AUGGAUAUCCGUGUCUUGAUUUUAUUAUGUCUUCUCUGCGUGAAAAUCAGGGCCGAAAGCAGUAGCGGGUCGAUCAUCUUCCUCGAUAGCCCUGGUCAUCGAUUUCUUCGCACUCGUUCAUCAUAUGUCUUCGAUGAGAAGGAUCCCAUCUUACUUUCGGAUGUUGCUGCUGCAGUGUCAAUUUUACUUGGUUUUGCUCCACCAGCUUCUCUUUCAGCUGAGAGCUCAGAUAAGUUGAAUGAGAUUCUGCUGCCCAAUCCAUUUGAUAGGCCUCAUGCUGCUCUUGUGCUGGAAGUCCAGGGAGCAGAAGAUCAGCAGUUGAUUGACUGCCUUAGUGGUGCCCAGAGGGGAAGUGGCUUUAGGAGCAGUGUUCUUGGUUCUUGUAAAGCUGACAUCCAGCUUCCAGGUAUUUAUGCAGAUGACAUGUCAGUAGUCUCCUUGAAUGAACCCGUAGGCUUUGAUUGUGAUAUGGUGUGCUUAGACAAAGAAAUUUAUGAACUUGCAUCCAUGUUGGGUGGGUCCUACAUUACUAGUAAGUUGGGACCACUGAAUGGGGAAUUGACUGUACCCUUGACCAGUGGCUCUCUAACACUGGAUAUGUCAAAGAAUGCAGACAAGGAAUUUGCAAUAAGUCUUGUUUCUCUGAUCUAUAAUAUCAGAAGAGCAAUUGAAACACAUAAAGAUUUCUCUUGGAGUAUGCAGAACACAGCAGAGCUAAUGACUGGCCAUUUUACUGGCAUUAAGGCUUUGCAAGAACAUUAUGGAUCUGAUGGCAUUACUCAGCAAGGAAUGGAGCUGAUUGUGACUACACUGGCCAAGCUAUUUGAUUCCUUACAAGCAGCAUAUAAAGGGCAAAUUGUAGGAGUCUUCUUCUUCAGGGGGAAAUCUUGUCCCAAGUCUGGAUCAUUGUUGGAUGUGAAAUUUAGUUCUCGAUCUUCUUCACGUUUGUUAGAGGAGCUGGCAGGCUCAAGUAACUCGACCACCACUGCAGAGGUGCAGCUGGUUAGACGGACUCUUGCUUGGAUUACAGGAAUCAUUCUCCUCAUAUCAACUCUGCUUGGGAUCUACUUUCUUCUCAAUAUGCCCAUCACCAGAGAUACCCUUUUGUAUUCUAAUGUCAAGUUCGACUAAGUUAAAAGUGGAGCAUUGCACUGAGUUUUCCAGCUGAGACAAGAAGUGUGGCACUGCCGUGGCUGCUGUUGAUCCUCUAAUUAGCAA